CAAAAUGGCGACCGCGAAAAGUUUGUUGUAUGCUCGCUUAGGAAAGGGGCUGCGGAUCGAUAUUCAUGGUUGACGAAAGGCAGCGGUUCCAUCUAAAGAGCUAGGUCCGUCUAGGGUGGUCUUGCGACUCGUUUCGGCGGCAAGGGUGUCCAAAAUCAACCUGUGUCUCACCUGAAGGUCGGCAUAAAGCGCAGAGACAUAGUUUCGUGCUGAAAUGACCCUCCCUCCACGCAGAGUCUGCCGAUAAAUUAAGAAAAAUUAGUUUUAAAAAAGUAGCCAUCAAGGUGUACACAGCCUCUAUGAGUGCUGCUGGUGCUGAGACUCAGCCGAGCCCUUCCAUGGUGACGAUGAGUGGUGCGACAAGUGGAGAAUCACAGAUCGUACUUCCAGGAAGCCCACCGGGCAACGACAGCGGGACAGACGCAAAUUUGACCCACAUGGUUUCCGACAACGAGGACAACAUGCCGUCGUCUCCAGAUUCGACUUGUUUUGACGACGAUGACGACGACGAUGAUGACAAUGAUGGGGCUGACCUCAUGACUGUGGCCAUGAGCGACGAUGUCACGGCCCAGUUGGCCGCGGCAGGACCAGUUGGCGUUGCUGCUGCAGCUGCCAUUGCAUCUUCCAAGAAAAGAAAAAGGCCACACUCUUUUGAAACAAACCCCUCCAUUAGGAAGAGACAGCAAAACAGAUUGCUGAGGAAGUUGAGGCAAACUAUUGAUGAAUUUGCCACCCGAGUUGGCCAGCAAGCAGUGGUGCUUGUUGGCACUCCAGGAAAACCAAAUAACAGUUUCAAAGUCUUCGGAGCCAAGCCGUUAGAGGAUGUGGUUCGAAACCUCAGAUCUGUAAUUAUGCAAGAACUGGAAACUGCUUUGGCCCAACAGGCGCCACCACCAGUUCAAGAAGAUCCAUCUUUGUACGAGCUGCCUCCGUUGGUGAUUGACGGAAUUCCAACUCCUGUGGAGAAAAUGACUCAAGCACAGCUCAGGGCUUUCAUCCCUCUCAUGCUGAAAUAUUCUACUGGUCGUGGCAAACCUGGAUGGGGUAGAGAGUCAACUCGGCCUCCUUGGUGGCCUAAAGAUUUACCAUGGGCUAAUGUUAGAAUGGAUGCCAGAUCAGAGGAAGAGAAACAGAAGAUAUCAUGGACACACGCUCUUCGUCAGAUAGUCAUUAACUGCUACAAGUUCCAUGGUCGAGAUGACCUAUUACCUGCAUUUAACGAGGAUGAGGAGCAAAAGCCUAAUAUUGCUGGACUUAACUCGACCAUCAAAGUUCAUAAAAUAACUAGCCCCAACCUCACAGCUGCAGCCCAGCAGCAAACACAAGUUACCCAACAAUAUGCACCUGCUGUUCUGCAAACUAUUAGCAACCCUGAUGGUACUGUAUCGAUUAUUCAAGUCGAUCCCAACAACCCCAUCAUCACUUUACCUGAUGGCACAACAGCUCAGGUGCAAGGUGUAGCAACAGGUGAGCUUCCAGCUGUGUUCCAAAUUCACACUGGCACUGGACAGGAUGGUUCGACGACUGUCCAUGCUGUACAGGCCUUGUCUGAUGUCACCCAUGGCGAAGGUGGUAGUGUGUCUGUUGACCUUAACACUGUGACUGAGGCCACUCUUGGCCAGGAUGGACAACUUAUCCUCACUGGAGAGGACGGACAUGAGUAUCGGGUCAUGGUCGCAUCGGCUGCCCCUCAGGGCCAAGACGCUACUGGUGCUAUGGAAGGAACAUCGUCUUCUAAUGAUCGUUUAUUGACAGGUUAUCCUGUGUCAGUAUCGGGCAUGAUAACUGUGCCUGUUGGCGCCAACAUGUAUCAAACUGUGGUUGCAAAUAUUCAGCAGCUGCAAAACCAGGCAGAUGGAACCACAGUUCAGGUUGUAACCCCUGUAGUACAAGUUCCAAAAGUGGAGGGCGGAAGCGACGGAAUUGAGACAAUUACCGUCGGGCCAGGAGGCAUGGUCGUAGGCCAAGAAGGCCAAGUGCUGCAAGUUGUGUCACUGAAGGACGCACAAUCUCUUAAAGCCGUGUCACCUCCCACAAUCAAAGAAGAGGCUGAGGUGACAGUGGUAGUCAGUACAGCCAAUUCAAGUGAAAACUAAGCUUGUAAAUUAUUUGUGUGCAUGUCAUUCGACUAACUUCCCCUGCUGUCUGCUGGUGAAGUUGCAAAAUUAAAUGUCUGCUUUGUUGAUUUUUGAUGGUCCAAAAUCAAGUACUUAAAAAAGUGUUGUUUCAAGUCUAUAUUGGAGGUUUUAAAAUUGCUUUACUGUUUGUAAAAUUGGCAGGAAGAUAAUGAUCAUGCACUGUGGUGUACAAAUAAUGGCUGAAAAUACUGUCAGCUUUCCAUUGUAAUAUCAUUCUAGAUUAUAAUCGUAAUUGCAACACACACAAAAAGAUUAAUUGUUUCACCUGUAUUUUGUCUCCUAAGCGUACAUAUAUACCUAGUUGGUACAGAUAUUUUAUUCACUCUUGUAAAUGAGCUUGACCAAAAUUUUAAAACAAAUUUGAUGGAAAACAAAAUUGCUAUUACAAAGCAUUAGAUCACUUUGAAUCGUGCAGUUUCAGUGCAAAUGGUGUAGAAAACUUUCUGACCUUUAUAAUUGGAAUGUAAUUUCAUAGUUAUGCAUAACUAUAUGUGUUGACUCUCACAAAAUUGUGAACCAAGCCAUGUUUUUAGUGGAUCACUAGCGCUUGGCUACAAAUAUUCAGCCUUGGCUGCUAUUUGAAGUGAAAUGCUGUGAACUAAGCUUAUUACCUCAGAUGUAAAUGUCUUUUGUUGUUGACUAGUCGUUGGGUGUGAAUAAUUCACAACUAUUGAAUGAUUUUUGAUCUAAUUCGCCGAAUUAAAAUUUAUUUUUUGGGUUACUAAACGAGAAGGAAAAUACCCAUACCCUUUUCAGUUUGACCAGUUUUCCCAGCUAAAAGCAUAUUUGGCGAUACUUAAUUUCAAGGAAAUUUCUGUUGUAUUCAAGUGUACAGAUUUGUUAGUUACAGGGCAUGCAAGUGCAAUUCAUCCACUUGCAUGCACAGUUAAACCAAAGCACUAUCACGGCCAUAGAUAGGUACUAUGGUUACUGCCGUUUUGAUCGUUUGUGUUAUGAGAACUUGUCACAAUUUCCAUAUUUGACCAUGUCAUUCAUUGUGUGUAGUGCAGUAUUAUCACCAUGUUUGGAAAUGAAACUGAAUUAAGAUCAAACAAUAAAUCUGAAUGUGUAGU